AAUUUCCUCACAAAGCCCGACAAAUCGCUCCACGCAGAAUGGUUAAACCAGAAGGGAAGCAAGUGGACGCUUGGACUUUUCGUCACUCUUUCUCCCCCAUCUGACGUACAGACGAUCUUAAAGCGGGCCGGCAGCAUUCGGAAGGCCAAUCCAUUGGUCAGGCGUCCAUCUGAGGAUCGCCCUCCAGACGCGCGAAAGCUGGGGCACAACCGGUCGGGGGUUGAGGCACGAAAAAUGCUUCCGCUGGGCAACAACUCAGCCGACCCCAAACUCCUGAUCAAGCCGAUUGUGGGCAUAUCCCCCUGUGCUCCCGAAAGCAGGCCGACGAAACCAGCUGCAUCUCCGGACAGCAGUUUCUAUUCGACCACCACAGGCCUCUCGCCCACCAAAGGCAGUGGUGCCCUGGAGGAGGUAAACAUCACAUGCAAGCAGCGCCCAAACCAACCUGGUCACUCAACUUUUGGCUCCUCAUCCUCGGAGGCAGCAGAGACGGUGUUGAAAUGCUUGCCCUCGAACUGCCUCAGCCUUUUCAACAAACUCGGCGAUGUUAAACAGUCAGCUUACUUUGAACAACCGUCCAUAAUGGCACUCACAGAGACCUGGCUCACACCAGAUGCCUCUGACGCGGAGAUCUCGAUAGACGGUUACUCUAUUUUUCGAGCCGACUCAAAACGAGGGCGGGCAGGUGGGGUGGCUCUGUACUUACAUGCGGCCCUACCAAUCCCGAUUGUCCUCGCUGACACCACCCCCGCACCCUUUUGCGAUGCACUGUGGGUCCAAAUCCCGCUGCGCGGGUCCGAUUAUCUGCUUCUCGGUGUGGUCUACCGUAGCCACUUGAGUCCAUCUGAAGAUGAUCAGUUCCUCACACAAACACUUGAGCAACUCUCCUCCAAAUACCAUUUCACUCAUCUCCUGCUGUGUUGUGCUGAAUUCCGACCGAACUUCUUGAGUCUAGGACAACGAAUCUGGAUAUAUUUGUCGAUUGUGACUUCGCCCUCAAAUGAUUUCAUGGAGCAUUCCGGCUUGGCUUGUUCACCUUCCUCAUCAGCCUGCACCAUCGCAUUGGAACUCAUCACCUCGUCAACGGUAGUACAGGAUUCAAGUGUGACUAAUCCUGUCAGCGAUUCUUGCAAGCAUUCAGAUUCUGGCCAUUCAGAUGUUCCUCAUUCACUUAUUCCCACUUCAAGGCCUAUUUCUCCAGUUCUCAUUCGAAGCGAUUCGCCAUCUCUAUAUGUCUCUUGUUCUGUGCCUGAUACGGAUAUAGACAAGUCUUCGUGUACACGGUCACAACCUUCAACAGUAUCGCAUUCUCCACUUGCAUCGGCACAUACACCUCUAGGUGAGACUAUUCCACCUAGCGGCACUCCGUUUCCUUUCCCGUUGGUGUCUGAACCACAAAACUUCAACUCACCGUCUACAGACUCCUCAGCAUCAGUUCCUUCACUCCUGGAAUCAAGAUUAACGGAGGGCGCUUCAGAUCUGUCACCCGAUCCCAUCGCUUCAACCUCGUCCGCAGUAGACGUCUCAUCGGUGUCUUUGUCAAACGGCCUUUAUUCCACGGCAUCUUUGAUCGCUUCCAUAGUUGGCAGGACAAACUGGUCAAGUUCCGCGGUGACGACUGUCUCCUCUGUCGUCUUAUCCUCAAUACCUUCUAACCCUGUACCAUCAUUCACCCUCCGCCUCGCCUCUGGUGGUUCCAUUCAAGGUCACACUGCCGUCUCCGGAGAUUGUUCACUACUAGUUGACACUCCCAUGUUGAGUAGCCACUUGUCUCCUACCCCGCCACGUUCGUUAACUUUCGCUUACUGCUCGACUCCCAGUCCAAGCGUGACAACGUCUAACAGUUUGCUGAUGUCUUCAACUGCGACAACUGUGCCGCGCGUGUUAAUCCACAAACAGACUGCCUUUGGUCAUCUUGGUCAAGGGGCUCCCGGUGCCUCUGGUCUUUUGGAUUCAUAUCCCCUCACCUUGAUAACGGCACCUACCAAGUGCACCGCUAUUGAGGUUGGCAGCACACAAACCUCAUCAACUUCCGAACAUGCUAUUUUUCAACCUAGUUUAGCAUCCCCAAAAGCCAAACUUGUAAAUUUGGCAUCUCCUGUUUCCACGAAUGUGCGGCUGUUGGCAACAUCCGCCGCAGCGAAGUCCCACACAAUCACUACAUCAGCCGCAUCGGGUGGUUCUCUGACGCCCCUUCAAAUGACCGCGUCUCCUGUAAAAGCAUCGGUCGGUAUUCCUGGUGCCGUUUGGUCAGGAUUGCCCAGUCAGCCGUCAUCGGUAAAUCCAACAGGUAUUGUCGCACUCCAAUCCUCACAACCUUUGUUGGUUCAAACCUCACACGAAGUUUCCACAGCCACACAGUCUACGCUCACUUUGAAUCCGGUCAAUUCCUUGCGCACCUCGUCUGUUGGGCCGGCAAUUAACGCUCAUUUGUCCGGAACAGGUCCGGCGGUGUUGGCUUUCAGUCUGACUUCUACUGCAUCUACUCCUGUUGCUACAUCAGUUGCGGGGACCAAUCUGUUCGCACACGCCAGCGCUAUCAGGCAGCAAGUCAACGCAUGUGCUCCUACUGCACCACUGAUUAUCCGAUCUACAGUAACACCCAUUACUCCGGCUUCCCUUUUGAAACCUAUCAACUUAUCGAUUGCCCCGGGGAGCCAGGCAUUCCUGACAUCAGUCUCCGGAGCUCCUGGCACAGUUACCGUCACCAGUACUCCAGUCAACAUCGCCCCCGCUAAAUUGGCUACACUUCAGGUGUCGGCUGCUACCACCUCAGGCUCCACUUGUCGUGCACACCCACUCUCACCCAUAUCCUCGCCACGCCACGCUGCAGCUUCGAUUUUCUCCCAGUCCAAUCGCAAACGUGCGCGUAAACAACAGCUCGCUUCGACAUUUUCCGCGGCAACGACGGUUACCAAUUCAGCACCGGUCACCGUUUGUGCACCGACGGUUAAUGUUUCUGGUUCAACCACUGUCUCCAGCGUACCCAUCACACAGCUCCCAUCAACCACCAACCGUAUUGGGUUCUGCAACAGUUCUGCAGUCCUAGCAGUGACGAAGCCAGCUAUUCAGCCUCACGUGAGUCAUCCUCCUGCAUCUGUUCUCCUCUCUCCACGACCUGGAGGCAUAACCGGAACCGGAGAUCCUGGAGUCAAGGUUGGCUGCCCAAUAAACCAGUCUGCACUGAGUGCUAUCAAUGGAGUGACGCCAGUCGUCAAUACUAACUCCACUGGCUUCGUCGGUAUACGAUUACUUUCAGUUCGUCCGAGCUCCCUUGGUGGUAAUACUCCAUGUGCGCCUAUCCCUGGUUCCGGCUUCCAAUCCUUAACGACAACCACCCCUUUAACUGGAGGAGCCAUCGCUCCGCAACUGCGAUCAUCGAGUGCUAACACGACAGAACCGCAUCCCCUGAUGAUAGUCACCCCUUCUCCUACUGUUUCUUCUGCCUCACAGAUCCGCAUAUCAACGGCUCACACUUCCUCAGUGUCAGAUCUACCACAAACUGUCUACGUGCUCACUACUACUUCCUAUCAGGCAGUUUCAGCAACUUCCGAACCUGUGGCCAGUUUCCCGCAACGUCCCGUUCUUGGCACUUCCGGUCCUGCUGACACUCAGGUCACUGCUACUUCAACAAUCCCAUCUUCAGCCUCCUUCACUACAGCCUUAAUGAUGCCCGGCGGGCCGACAGGUGGGCUGUUGCAAGUCCGCUUCAGACCGCCUAUUUCGGCCGCAUCCACACCGACCUUUUCUCCCGUCACCUUAGAUCAGUCACCAUCAAGUCGUCCUGCUAGUCACUCAAUCCCAGCUUCUCUACACUUGAUAACCGCUAGCACAACAGCCGGCUGUGUAACGUCAGACGUGAUAUGUAAGCCUGGAACUCCAGUUGAUUCGACGGAGGUAGCGCCGUCAAAAAUCUCUCCCUUUCGGACAUUGGUACCGUCGUCCACUGGUAACUCUUUACUUCACCGGCAUCUCCUUUCUCCUCAAAACCCCAUUCAUAACGAUCCCGUAGUUGACCACAGUCGCGUUAACGGUGACACUGAGGAUAGCGAAAACGUUUCAAUAUCCUGUAUGACGGAGUUUAUUGCGUCUGAGCGUCCACCCCCAACGACAGAUUUCCGUGGCCUGACUUGCUCCAAACAACCUAAGAAUCAAAAUGUAGAAUCCCAAUCACGGGAUCGAAAUGUGACUUCUGCUGAUCGAACCAAGAUCAAUACGUAUAAAGCAUCCGAUCGCCUAGUACACGAAGUCGCAGCGGCAGAGGAAGUUAUCCACUGUGAAGAUAGCGAUGGAGAUAACAGUGAAUCCACUCUGAGCCACGUUGCAGGAAAACGUGUGAAGGUAGAUGAGAGUUUUCGGUCGGAUAGAUCUUCAGCACAAAUAGAUUCAAAAACGACGGUUGUUGCUGAUAGCAUCGAUCCUGGGAGAGACGAACGCUUCCUAUUGACAAUUGAUCCCAGUAAUGGCCGUGAGUGGGUACUGACAGGUUUACCGACCAGGCCAAGUCUCAUACCGAGACUCAGUUCUUCAAUCCGAAAUGGUUUUCCAUAUCGCGCGAAGUCAACACAUUUCUUAAGCUGUUCGGAAAUUCGAUGUAAACCGGAGUCGAAGUACAACUCUUUCUGUGGUUUCCGUUUUUCAUCAUCAAAAUCAAAUCAACUAGAGGACAAUAGUUCUCCAGUUUCUGUUACGCGUCGUCGUAGACGAAUAGCAGCUCGCCAGAUGCCGACUGAACAGUCUGUAACUGAUACGAAAGUCGAGGGAGAUUCGGCACCUGCAGUCUCUCAACGCCGUCUGAUGCAUGAUCUGACGUCUGUGUAUCUGAAGCAGAUGGAACUACAGUUUGUUCACUUGCCCCUGACAACAUCGUCUGUUCUCAGUCUAACUGGCUGGCGCAUAUUCAACUGUGCAAACAACUUGGAUCUUUUGGUCCAUUCCGAACUCCACACAAUGCAGUCGGUGGAAACUUUGAGUUCUAAGUUGGAGAACAUCCUUUCCUCUAGUCUCCCGGGGAGUGACGUUGGCACACUAUCUCCGCUUGCUUCUUCCGCUCAGUCGAACCAAUCCUCAAAUCGCAAUGGAGCCACAGAAAACUGGCAGCAUAAUUGUGAUGCUGCAACUACCACCUUAUCUGUUUCCUCCUCAGCAACCAAAAACCUAGACGAACAAAUUUCCAAGGCCGUUUGUCAAGCUUUGGAGUUGGCCAAGGGUAUAUCUCAGCGUAAAAAGGUAUUAUUGAAAUCGAUUCAACGAGUACAGCUACUGACCAAAAACGUGGUGGAACACUUCCGGCCAGAUGCAUUGCGCUUCGCUGAAACCCUGAAUGAAUCCCAAAGUACACGUUCCUCUUCACCCUUCCCUAUCCCCACACGACCGACUGCAACCAAGUCCGCUCCAAGCCCCUCACCCAAUCGGGGCGUUGGUCUUCGGCGGUCUGUCAGGAAUUGCUCUCCAUUAAACGUCAGGCGCGUUCGUGUUCGUGAGAUUGGUGAGACCGUAGGGACGAUGGUGUCGGAAAUGGCGGAUCCUGAAAUGGCAGCCUCAUCACCUGGUAUCAAAGCCUGUUCAUCGGCAGCAUCCAACAGUUCUUCAAGGACUUCGUUAUGUAAUGGAACUUCAGGUGGCCAGAUUGGUCGGCGCUCUUCAAACGACUGGAUUCUAUACAAUAAAGACGAUCCACCACCUAAUUCAAGCAAAGAAGCGGAUGGAGGUGAACUUCACCAGCUCAAGUCCACACUCUCUCAGCUGUCUUCCCAACUUGAGCUCAACCCGAAUAGUUCAGAUCACGAAGAGCUGCUUCAGCUUCGAGAUGAUUUGAUACAACUGAUUCAACUCAAAGAAGAACAGUUGUUAGAUGAUGAGAAGGCCGCUCUUUCAGCCUUAGUUCAUGAUCUUUUACAAUCAUCUGUCAUUGGUGACUCGACGGGUUCCCAUGUAGAGACUUGCGAGCGACCUGCGUCUGCUGGGAGUGUAACUAGUGAUGAAGAAAGUCAAUGGAUUGGACAGCGUUGUAGUGUUCCUGGUUGGACAUCGAAUGGCAGGUUUAUUCUUCAGAAUGCUGUGGUAUCUGGGUUGGUGAAAGAGGAUGGGGACUCUGAUCAGCCUGCAACCUAUGCUCGCGUGUUUUUCGCUCAUCCAACCCGCCUGAGUGAUGCACCGUGUCCCCAGUUUGUCGAACAUGGCACAUGCCACCGUGGUGUGCGAUGUCGUGCGUCACACGGGAAGCUGGUAUCCAUUGAGGAACUCGGUCCAUGGCACGAACCGGAUGUUACAAAAUUCUCUCGUGAAGGCCAACUUUGCCUGGUAAAAAACAACUGCAAUCCGUAUGGUCUGUGGCGUCACGCACGUCUUCUCCAUGCAGACCUCGAUUCUCAAUCUUGCGUUGUUGAAUGGGGCCACGCGUUCGCACAAGGUUUUCAAAGUUCGGCUAAGCGAAAAAGCUACACUGAACUCGAGCAGUCAGUGGCCAAUGUGUCCUUGGACGCAGUUCACCUUCUCAGUGAAGACGAGCACAGUGAUCAAGAUGAUGUGGCUGAACACGAGGAUGUCAGCUCGAGUUCAAGCGAUUCCGAUACAUCUGAUGGGAAUGAACCGGCGAAUCGGCUUUGCAAUACCCAAUCGAUUUCGACCCCGGCUGACAAAACUCACAGAACCGAUGCACUCAACUUACGUUCGAAGGUCACAUUUGUCGCGGGUGGGAUACUUGCCCCGGAAGAUAUACUCAAAGCAAUCCCAUUUGGCGAUCCCAUCUCAGACGGCAGUAUUCCCACCACCGAUUCCGAUGUACCAGACGACCUAGGGGCAUGGGAAGCUCACACACGUGGAAUCGGAUCUCGACUGCUAGCGAAGCUAGGUUAUGAUGGGACAAGUGGACUGGGCAGUUGCGGUCAAGGUCGAACAUUACCCGUGGCACUCAUUCUGGAAAAGUUCCAAAUCCGUCCAAGAAAGUGGAACAAACGGCCAACAUUGGACUUGUUGGUGAGACCCGAAAUUGAAUCCAAACGGCCUAGGCGUCAGAAGCGGAAUUUAGCCACUGUAGAAUCAUCUGGGCACGACAGUUCAUUACCCUCAGUGGAAGCGGGUGUGUUUAAUCUGCUCAACACUGCUUUGAACCGAUGCGACGACGAUGAUGUGGUCGGGAGUAAACCACAAGCACAACACAGGCAGUCACAUGCUGCCCAGUCUGGUUCGCGCCUUACCGAGCUAUCCGAAUCUGCUUCUCGUAUCGAGACGUUCAAAGUCCAAGAAGAGAUUGAUCGGACGCUGCGCAAGAUGAGAGACGUCCAACAGUCUAUUGAGCGCAAUCAAAACAAAGAUCGUGUAAUGGCAAAACAGGCAGAGCAACGUCUGAACAAUUUACAGGUCCAUUUGGCUAAACUUCGUCACUCCGAACGCGUUCUACAAAACUCUAGACAGAAAGUAGCGAAGACGAAGAAAUUGCGGAUUUUUUAAAGUUUCUCUUGCGCUUUUUCUUUUUUGGAUGUACAGUUCCAACCUGUAAAUACGACGUGCUUCCUUCCGUUUUCUUUUUUGGUUGUUUGGUUUA